CGUGUAGAAUUGCAAACAAAAGUGCGUCACCACCACAGCACUGCGGGACUGGUGAAACGCGGUUGUGUUUUGGUGUAACCACAUCGCACAUACAGAAGAAUUCUGCAUUGGUUUAAGAAGAUGGUGAAGAUCGCGUUUAAUUCCGCUCUGGCGCAGAAAGCACUUGUUAAAGAGGUGCCGGUCUCAGAAAAGGAUCCUGAGACAGGCUCUGUGUACAGCAGCGAGAGUUCCACCGGCCGCUGUCUGCUCACACUCCUCGGCCUGGCCUUUAUCAUUUCAGGCCUCAUUGUCGGUGGAGCCUGUGUGUACAGGUAUUUCAUCCCCAAGAAGCUCUAUCAUGGAUCCAUGCAGUUCACAGAUAUUGACAGUGCUGAAAUGCCAAUGGACAUGGAGGUCCGUGCACCUUACUACCUACCCCGUGUUGAUGAGGAUGUGGAGAUCCAUGACAGUGUGGCCAUAAUUAAUGUCCCUGCUCCUCGCUUUGGGGCAGGGGACCCAGCUUACAUCCUGCAUGAUUUUAAGAGGAAGCUAACUGCUUAUUUGGACCUAACCCUGAGGACAUGCUUUGUGAUCCCUCUCAACACAUCUGUGGUGAUGAAGCCCCAGGACCUCUUGGAUUUGUUUUUGCAGCUCAUGUCUGGCUCAUACAAGACUCAUUUAGUGCAUGAGGAUCUGGUGGUGACUGAGCGAAUUGAUGACCUUGUCCCCCUGGGCUAUUAUAUUUAUAGCCUGUGUGAGGACAGACCAACAUACAGGAUGCAGCACCGCAGUGAAAUUAUAGGCCUCCAGAAGCGCUCAGUUGAAGAUUGCACUGUAAUCCGCCACUUUGAGAAUAUUUUUGUUACUGAAACAAAGAUUUGCCGAGCCUAAACUAGCAGGAAGUAAGGAGGGAAAAGACAUCCCCUUCUUUUGUUGUUGCAGGGUAGGGAGAGGUGAACUGAGCUGAAGGAGGGACCAAGGACAGACUGAGAGGAAAGGGUCUGUCUUCCAGCUCCUGCCGUAGUGUUUAGCCUAGGGUGUGUUGUAUUAAUUUAAUGACAAAAAAGCGCAAACUUUUCUCUUUUUCCAAUUGAGGUGUAGUGAUGUGACCCCUCUAACAUUGGCCAUUUCUUACACCCUUGUCACUGUACACCGUGAUUCUCUCCACAUCCUGACUGCAGCUCAAACCUUGGUUUUAGUGUGUGCCUUCUUUUGUCUUUUUUUUUUUUUUUUGAGGAAUAAUGAUAGUUUUGUGAAUUGUGCAAAAUGUUAACCUUGCUGAACCCAAGUUAUUUUUCCCCCCAGCAGAUACAUUACUACACAAGCACAUGGCCAUUAACCUCGAGUAGAGCCUGUAUGAUGUUUCCCAAUAUCCUUUCCUCCAGCUAAAGACAUCAGUGUAUAAAGAAACACAUGGUCUCCAGAGGCCUGAUCAGCUUAAACCUCUUAAAAUUGAACCCUUUUUGUUCAUGUUUUUGAGGAACUGACUAUGUAUCACAUGUGAUGUGUAACUUCCACAUGUGUACUGAUUUAGUAGACUCUGUGUAGCAUUGCUUCUACCACUGUCUGUGUGUGUGUGUGUGUGUGUGUGUAAAGUUUAGGGGUCCAUUAGACAUAGCUUGUGACAAGGCAAACUAUUUAUCUCAAUCUAAAUUAUAAAUGCAUAAUACUGACUAUAUCCAUUCAUUCUUUAAGAAUGCACUAUGAUGUUAAUAUUUUGGAACACUUGCAGAUGUGCAACAUUUCACACUCAGAGGGGUCUAGCCUGGCCAUCUCUGUCCUUAGUUGUGGGCCACUUUGCAAAGUUUCAUUGCUGAUACACAGUGGUGUGUUAACAAUCACUCGACUGAUCAGCUACUCAAACCCUCUGUUCAAACUUUUUUAUUUGUAUUUUGGGGGCAGCUUGAUGUUUACCCUUCAGCAAAAGGAUGUAGCAUUAAGAUGAUAUAAAAAUAGUUAUGUGCGGGGUCCCGCCCAAACCCCCCCUCGCCCCCCCCUUAACCCCCGCCCAAAGCCGCACACGUUGUUAAGCUGAUGUCCGUAUCAUCCAAAUUGAUCGCUUGCUAACUGAUACAUCAUGCUCUAUUCUCUCAUGCUCUAACAUUUAUGUAAAUAUAAUUGAAGCCACUGCACCCAUCAUCUUUCACAAUGGUUUUUCAUUGCAGCAUUCUGUCAACCCUGGCAUGACCCUGCAUGGCAGCAGGGUUGUUUAAUUGUUUUAAAAUUUCCAGCAUCCUAAAAUGUUGUGUAUAUUUUGAUAGGAUCAGUAGUUGAAAAUGACAAUCAAGACUCGAGUCUUUGUUGCUGGAAUUUUGUUUGUCUUGAUUUGGGGGAAAAAAGUCAAACUGGAAGAAGAAUCAAAGAAAUGCUCUUUUGAAGUGUUAAACUGCUGACUGAAGUUAAAAACUAAAAUUAAAACUGCAUUUCCUUACUUAAAAUAAAGUCUGUGUUUAUUGGCAAA